AUGGGCUCAGAGAGGCUGAAUAAUUUGAGCAAGUCUGCAAAGCUGGUGAGUGACAAGCUGAAUUACCAAAAUCAGUAUCCUGGGGAUAUCACUCCUGGGUGCCCUGGGGUGCUCUGCUGGCAGCUUGUACUUCUAUUAAAGCAGUAUUGGAGCUACCCAAUCACCAUGGCAGUGCCCAUGCACUCUGAGUGCAAACUCUCCCUGUCUGUCACUCUAUGUGACAUGAACCCACAUUGGUCACUUUAUGCUGGAUUAUCCUGUUCCAUGUCAUGGGGAACCCUACAACAAUCUACCCUGCCUCCAGAACAAAUGUCAUGCAUGCACCAACAUCUAAAAGUACGUGAUGCAUUUGCCUGGGAGAAUAUCUAUGCUCUCUACAAAUUCAACUUUAAUGAAGGCUGGGAUGCCUUCUUUGCUAAAAUCCUCAGCCAUAAGCUCCACUUCCAGCUGGACCGUGGGAUUCAUUUGCAGCAUCUGAGUCAUCUGGACAUCCAGUACAAAGUGGACUUCAGACUGGUGAGUUCUGAGACUCAAGGAGGUAUCAGUGACAACUGCUUCUACUGCGCCUACCCCUCAGGUAUACAGGCUGCUCAGGAAUGCUAUCAUUUCUGCUACAUGGACAUCUCGGUCCUAUUCCCUAGUGCCUGGGAGGUGCUGAGUCGCAGUGCCCCUGCCAUCAUAAAUGACAAGAUGCAUUGGCUCAGAAGUCCCUUUGGCCUCUGCACAGACGGUGCUAAGGGCAUGGAUACUGAACUGCUGUAUAACACCCCAAACCCCAUGCAGGUGAAUGGGUGGCAAAGAGAGUCCCUGAACCAUGUAAGCAGUGUGGCCAAGGUGAACAUUCUCUAUCAGGAGCUGAAAUACCAUAUUGUGGAUGAAGCAACAGUAUACUCUGAGUGGUUAGAGAGACACAGGAUGAGGGUUCCACAGCCCUUGUGCCAUGGGCAGCCCCUGGAGACUGUGGUUAGGUCAUCUAUCUUGUCUGUUCUGGAGCUGCUACUGGAUGUCUCUACCCUUGCCCGGCUGCUACUGGGUUUUCAAUGGCUCUGCUGCGGGAAGCUGUCCUAGCUGGGAAUUGAUACUGCUUCAGGGCAGUCCCACACCAUAUCAGAG